CUAAAACCUAACCCUAAACACAUAAAUUUCUUUUUCUCAAAUUGAGCGACGCACAUAACAUAAGACGUGCGAGUGCUUGUAAUUUGUAAUACGUCCAGUCGCAUUAUUUAGUGUUUGAAAACAGAUUUAUAAAAAUAGUGGUUAUAAAAACCGCUCAAGAUGGUGAAAUUGACGCCGGAACUCAUUGAGCAAUCUAUGCAGUACAUUAAUCCUGUGCGAGAUCGUGAAUUAGAUCUCCGAGGAUAUAAGAUACCCACCAUCGAGAACCUAGGUGCGACUUUGGAUCAGUUUGACACGAUAGACUUUUCUGAUAACGACAUACGUAAGCUAGACGGUUUUCCACUUUUGAAAAGGAUAAAGACCCUGUUCUUCAAUAACAAUCGUAUCGUCAGGAUUGGCGAAGGAUUAGAGCAAUAUAUACCUAACUUGCAAUGUUUGAUGUUGACUGGCAAUAUGAUACAAGAACUGGGUGAUCUGGAGCCUCUGAUACCACUGAAGAAUCUUACAAAUUUGUGUCUGCUUCAAAAUCCAGUGUCCGCUAAACCACAGUACAGACAGUACAUCGUCUACAGAUUUCCCCAACUCAGAUUGCUCGACUUUCGAAAAAUCAAGCAGGCAGAGCGUGAUGCAGCGACAGAAUACUUCAGAAGCAAGCGUGGCAAAGAGAUGGCACGCGAGAUAGCUAAAAAGGUGAAGGCACAAACAGCAGGUGCAGCUGCGGACAAGCCUUUGACCACUCCCGAGGAACGUAAUAAAAUUCGAGAGGCCAUUUCAAAUGCGUCUUCUUUGGAGGAGGUACAGAGACUUAGUAAAUUGCUGCAAGCUGGUCACAUACCAGGCGAUGAACGAUUGCAAAAUGGCAGUGGAGCUGUGGAACCUAUGGAAGAGGAUGACGAUUAAAUUAUGAUAUAAGUUGAAAAACAAACUUCCUAUUGUAAGUAUGCAGCUUGACGGAGUAAGCCGUGAUAAUAGUACACAUGUGAUGCUGAUAAAAAAUUGUAUACUACACAGAUCUACUACUCCUUUGAAAUAAUACAGAUUACUUUUUUGUAAAAAAAUAAAAUAUGGAGAUUAGCCUGG